AUGGCAGAGACCCGCAUCACACGUUCUCGAACUGCUCCAGUCCCUCCUCCUCCUCCUCCCGCUCCUUUGAAGCCACCAAAGAAGUCCAAGGCCGUUGUUCAGGCCGAGAAGGCUGCUCGUGAAGCUGCAGAUGAACAGUCCAUCAACGACGUUGCGGUAAUGGAACUAGCAGCAGCCAAGAAGCAGGCGGCAGCCAAGAAGCCAGCACCAGCACCACCACCACCUGUCAAACUGAAGGCUAGACAGAAGGCUCAGCCGGAUGUCGACACUGCCACCAACGCUACCGCCAACAGCACCAGCACCGUCAACACCACUGCGAACGCCGCCGACAAACGCGGCAAGAAGUCCAACACCUCUGCCUCCACUGUCACGAAAGCCUCUGCUCCCUCGUCGAAGAAGACAGUGUCUGCCCCUACCUCGAAAGCAAUGGGCACCGUUGGUGCCGGCAUCAAGAAGCCGCCAAAGAGCACUGAGAAGAAUCCGCAGUUAGCCAUAGAGAGCGAGACAAAGAAGAGAGAGAUGAGGGCGUUAACACGCAAGAAGAUCGAGGUACAGCGCCAUCAGCUGGCCGAACACGAGCUGAACGCGCUCACCCUCCACUACCGCGACCUUGCCAUCGAAUACGUCACCGGCAGUCCAAACAAGUUCAGCCUCAUCCGAAGCUGGAGUGCCAACGUACCUUCGGACACGAACAUUCCCACCCCUUCCCCCCCGGUCUCAACAACUGGUUCAAAGGCUCUCAAUGCCGCACGCCGAAAGCCCGCACCUCUCCAGAAGACCAAGCCCACUGUAGCUGAUGACGAAGAUGACGGCGGGCCAGGCGGGCUGCAAGAGGACGACAUUGAAGAUAUCGAGAAAGAGAGGGCAGCUCUUGCCUUGGAAGAUACCCCCCACCUGGUCGCGCCGGCGGCGAUCCUUUCCGUACCUUACACCCAGGCCUCUGCUGACACCCGUGAACCUGCCGCCUCCUCCAAACUCAAGCGCAAGCGCAGCGGGUCUUUCAUCGAUGAGGACGAGGACGAGGACGAGAACGAGAACGAGAACGAGAACGAGAAUGAGAGCGAGGGCGAAGGCGAGGGCGAGGGCGACCCAGAUGCAGAAGGCGAGGACCAGGACCAGGAGCACGACGACAAUGAGCCCGUCGAGCAUGCUGCAACUCCGGCUAUGGAACAAGAUCACGUCCUCGAGGACAUCGGCGUCGAAGCCCCUGAUGAUGUCAGGGCCCUUGAGGUCAUCAAAGUUGCCGAGGACGAGCCCACCACGGAGGAAGACGACGACAUAGAAAUCAUCAACACCACGGAUGACCAGGGUGAGCAGGACGUCCACAUGGCCAGCCCUGGGGAUGCAGACGCCGCCAUCAACAUUGAGGACAACAACGCCGAGGUCAUCCAUGUGCCCACACCCGCCAGGCUCGGCACGUCGGAGACUACCACGAAGGCCGUCGUGCAGGCCCUGAAGACCACGGCCAAAGUCUCUCGACCCGUCCCCCGGCCCACCAAGAAGAUCAAGGUCGAACCUUCAGUUCUCAAUGUCACCGUCAUCGACGACGACGCGCGCUCGGCAAGCAUCAAGUCACGGGCAACGUCUGCCUCCGGCAGGAAGGUCUGGAAGAACGGGGAUCUUCCGCCCGGUGCUCUCGUCAACAGACUCUGGGGCGACAAGUUUAUCCCCACCAUCAUAUGGUAUCUCGGCCUUGGUCCGGAGGCCUGGAGCUUCAAUGAGAACCACCUUGAUGCCAUUGCGAAUGUCUGGCGUGCAGUAUACAAGCAGGAGCUUCCGGCUGACGAGUAUACAGUUUCGGGAGCCGUCUUCAAUCUGACAAAGAAGAAGGUCACCGAAUGGCGCGGUGGCUUUGGCGCGACAGCUGUCGCCGCCCUCAUCAAUGUAUUCGCGAAGCACCAGCUGACUGCUGCCGAGGACCAGGUCGAAUAUGUGAAGGAGUUGCUCCGGGAGCAGAACUUCCUCAGCGAGUACAUUGACGAGGAGGGCGUCGGUCAGGGUUUCCUCAAGGGUUCGUACUUCCAUCUCAUCGUGUCUCACCAUCACUUUUCCACCGGUGGACGAGUCCACGUUCCGGAGUAUGCGGAUCAUGAAAAGGUCAAGCCCCACUACAUCCCCUUCGCCGCCCUCCUCCUUGCGGCAGCCGCGUGCGAGCGCGCUCUCAAGCUCGCCAGGGACGGGCGGCUCGGCGACAUCGCGGCUUACCUCAAGCGUGUCCCCUCCUUGGACGAGGACUCCCUCGCGAACGCUAACAAGACUACAAAGGUCAUCAGAGCUGUCAAGCGCAGCAACAAGCCGUCAAAGAAGGACGACAAAGGAAAGGUCAAGGCCAAGAAGGACGCUGCUGGAGACGCUCCUGAAGAACCGGAAGAAGAUCCGGAUUUCGAUCAGGUUGACGCGUUCUCCAGGGACAGCUGUGAGAAGUCGACGUACAACUUCUCGUAUCGUAUUGGCCGCUGCCCGGAGACACGACAGGCCGAAGCGUUCGCGAUGGCCGCUAGGUACUCAACGGUCCAGCGGAAGGGCGUUGAGAUUGAAGACGAAGAGCAAACGGCGCCUGCCUACGAAAUCGAGCUCGACGAGCGGGCAUUUGGCCCAUCUGAUGGUGUGCCUUCUGCGUCUAUUUCUCCCUCGGCGGCUUCUCUCGCGACGUCCUCUGCAUCCCCGUCUGCUCCCUCGAUACAAUGUCGCUCCUCGCUUUUGAUGCUUUCGUCAUGCUUUCAUCGUCUAUUUUUGCUUUAA